AUGGCAUGGAUGCAGUGACAGCCCCAUAGGCCUUGAAGAUAUCAAGGCAGAAAUAUCAUUCCCUCUUUCUGGAGAAGCAGCCCUACAUGAUUUGGUUUUCUUUGGACAAGAGACAGCAGGAGGCUUUACGGCAUCCAUAUAAUAAACAUAAGGGAUGCGGGUGGCGCUGUGGGUUAAACCACAGAGCCUAGGACUUGCCAAUCAGAAGGUCAGCUGUUCGAAUCCCCGCGACGGGGUGAGCUCCUGUUGCUCGGUCCCGGCUUCUGCCAACCUAGCAGUUCGAAAGCACGUCAAAGUGCAAGUAGAUCAAUAGGUACCGCUCCGGCGGGAAGGUAAACGGCGUUUCCAUGCUCUGCUCUGGUUCGCCAGAAGCGGCUUAGUCAUGCUGGCCACAUGACCCGGAAGCUGUACACCGGCUCCCUUCGCCAGUAAAGCGAGAUGAGCGCCGCAACCCCAGAGUCGGUCAAGACUGGACCUAAUGGUCAGGGGUCCCUUCCCCUUUAUAAUAAACAUAUGCAAUUAUGCAAGCAAACAGGCACUUCUACUGCAAAGCCCUCGAGACUUCUCUGCAGUGCUCACCUGUCCAAGCAAGGACCACACCUGCACCUGCCUAGCUUCAGCGAUGUACCUUUAGUUUUAGACCAUACUUGGGGGGUUGAAGUCGGCUCCAAAUAAGAACUCUCUUCUCUGUCGCAGGCUCAGUGUGCAGGCCCUUUUCCUCCCCUACGACAACGCUGGCUGAGAACUGGCCGCAGAAGCCGUCUUGCAGGUAAGCUACCCAUCUGGGAAAACAUCUCCAACGGUUAGUUCCUCUUGAGGGAACAUCAGCCUAUUGUUCGUGACUAUUAAUAAGCAAUCACCUUAGCAAAGAAGGGUCACCCAGCAGCUGUAACAAUAUAGAGACUGGAUAGGAACCAAGAGUGCAGCCGCGGAAAGAACAGAGAGCUCAUUAUGUCAGCGAGGGUGGGACUGGGAUCAAGGAGUCCUAUGGAAAAAAUUCCCCCGAGGGAGUCAAUCUGUCCCAAAAUAACGUCUCAAAGAGUCUCACAUAGCACUGAUACCCUGAAGAUUUAAUUCCACACACAUUUUCUCGGUGUUUUCACUUCAACAAGCUUGCCCCAGGAGAGAAGUGGAGUGACGUGACCCCAUCCCACCCUGUGAUUGUUUUCUUUUAACCGAGGGUAAUCACAUCAUUGCAGGGCCCUAAUUGCAUUAUUACUAGUUUGGGGUCAGUGGUGGAAUCCUCCUGAAAUAGCCUCGGUUUUCCGAAAGUAUCAGUCAAGUUUAUUUAUAUGCCCCUUUCCUGCCACCCUUAUGCUCAGAGUGGCUUUGCAACAGAUCUAGACCAAGCAGCAACGUAACAGAUAUUACAGAAAAAUGCAUAACUCAUCAAAGCACAGUGUGUUUUAGAGGUUAAUGUGAAAGAGUUCUGGAUCUGCCCUGCUUGCUUGGAAGGCGGGAAAGAGAGGCAAUGGUGGUGGUGGUAGGGACAUGGGGGGCGCUGUGGUCUGAACCACCGAGCCUCUUGGGCUUGCCGAAUGUAAGGUCAGCAAUUUGACUAGUUACCUCAGGUUGAGAGCGGAGAUGAGUGCUUCACCCCAAAGUCGAAUUUGUCUGGACUUAACUGUCCAGGAGUCCUUUACCUUAGAUGAAUUGGAGGGGCUGAUUGACAUAGAACAUUAUUAUUGGGUUGCAUAUAAAUGCUGUACAUAAUUAAAUAAACUCAACAUUGCAAACUACUUCAGAGGCAGUUGUAUUUGAGUUGAAAACAAUGCAUUUAUAACAACAGGCAUAAUUAUUUCUGCACACGUAAAACUUUUGUGUUGCAUGGAUUCAGACAACCAGUGCCAUGCAAUGGUAGUGCUGAGAGCAUGGUGGAUCUUGGGAGCAUCCCAGUAUGUGUCAAGACAGCAGAUGACCACAUCCUGGCUGAAUCUGUGUUUCCCCAGUUGUGGUGAGACCUAAUCAUAGCUAGUUGAUGAAAUAAUGGCUUUCAAAUGCCAAACUGGCAACUUGGGCUAAAACUUUUGUAUGAAUCUAGCUCUUUCUGCGUGUUCAGGGAACCUGUGGAGGGAGGAUUUGGAUUGCAACCACUGUGCUCAUUCCCAGCAUAUAUGCAUAGAUGUACAAUGGCCAAAUAUAGGUGCUCCCCAUGUGACCAGGAAUCCUUCAAAAGGUGCACAGAGCCUAGGUGUGUAUAUCCCUGGCUCUGUUCAGAGUUUCUGUUGAAUAAUGCAGGUCAGAAAUAGGGGAGCAGGUGCGACCUGAUUUUCCCUCCAUGUGUCCAUUGGCUGCUGUACAGUUGUCAUGUGAAAAAGGCUUUUGCCCAAUAGCACACACAUCUGGAGGAAAGAAGAUUUGCAUGACUAACAUAUGCCUUGCUGUGUGUGCCUAAAACCUAGAAAACUGAAUUAUAACAGUUCAAGCUUGUUACUUGCAUAACUUCUCUCAGCUUGAAUGCAAAAACAAAGGAGGCCAGUUUGAAGUUUUAACUUCUAUAAUAUUUUGCUUCCAAGUUCUCAGUGAGCUCUGGGAUUGGUGAAAGUCUCCCAGAAGAAUCAGAAGACUGGCAAGAAACCCUCUUUGCUCCCAAGGGCUGAUAAUUUACCAAGUAGCGUUUAUCCUGUUGUGCAUUACAUUGCUUUAUAAAUUGGUCAUCUGUGGGACAAAGUAUGUGUUACAUUAAAUGUUAAAUUUAAUUCAAUAUGCAACAGAUUGCCAUAUCGACCAGUCUGGGACUUGUGUUCUGCAGGGGAGGCCUGGCUGGUUGUCCCAUCAAUUGCGUUGUAUAGCGUCAGCUCCCAGGCUGUGGAACUUUCCCCAUCCACAGAGGUGGCUUCCUUCUGAUGUCAGCAAAAAAAUAUCUUUUUGCGCUGACAUGGCAGGGGGAGGCAUUAAUCUAAUCCCACUUUAUGGACUCCUGAUGUACUGAAUUGAUGCUAUGCUUGUUGUGCUAUUUUAAUAUGUUUUAAUUCAUUCAUGAUAGUUGGUUUUAAAUUUUAUAUUGUAAAUCAUCCUAGGGCCAUAGAAUUGUUGGAAAGGAUGCCAAAGGUCUUCUUGCCCAAGCCCCUACAAGACAAAUCUAAGGGUUUAAGAAGAGCCUGCCCACUGGAUCGGACCAGUGGCCCAUUUAUUCCAGCAUUCUGUUCUCACAUUGGCCAGCCAGAUGCCUACAGGAAACCCAAAAGCAGGACCUGAGCACAACAGCCCUCUGCCCCUUAUAGCCUCCUAGAUUAUAGAAGGACCACAAAUGGGGCUGGGAGUAUUUCCACAGGCCUUCAAUACCACUGUUCAAAUAUAAAAUUAGGCCCAAGCCAAACAUGUCAUUUUCAGGCCUGUCUGAUUGAUGCCCACUUGACUCCUGCUAGUUUGUCACUUGCUUUCUCUACAUGAUUUUUCUGUCCAUCCUCAAAUAGGUGGAUCGUGUGAAGAAAUGCAGUGUGUGGACAAUACAUUUUGCUGCAGUUUUCUGCAGUUGCAGCAGCAACUCCAGAUAGAUUGGAAAUUGCACCCUGGAAUUUGA